ACCAAUGGCGUUAAACUUCUAAAGUCGCGCAACAUUCCCUUUAUCCUGUCCACCUUUGUUAUACGAUAUUUCUAUUUUUUCUCCUGAACAUGUGAAAUAUAUAAAUAAUUCCGGAUCGAACCGCAGAGUCUGAUCGGAAGAGUUUUUUCUCCAGAGAUUCGUUUUUCACAAAUCUUUCCGGAGCCUCGAUGGAGGCGCGCUAACGAUAGCGAGCUAGCUAACGUUACAGGAGCUAACUUUAGCUAGCAGCUAGCUGUGUGUUUUUAUUGCUAUUUAAAAAAAAAACACGUUCAAAGAAAAUAAAAGCUAAUUUAACGCAUUCGCCGAGAUGACGUCAGCCUCCGCAAAGGUGGGCGAGAUUUUCUCAGCAGCGGGCACCGCCUUCACGAAGCUGGGAGAGUUGACCAUGCAGCUGCACCCGGUGUCCGACUCCAGUCCUGCAGGGGCCAAAUGGACGGAGACGGAGAUCGAGAUGCUGCGUCUGGCGGUGCGUCGGUUUGGAGACGACCUCAACAACAUCAGCACCGUGAUCAAAGAGCGCACUGUAGCGCAGAUAAAGAGCACCGUCAAGAGGAAGUUGUACGAGGACAGCAGAGUCCCCAUUUCCUCCGAGUCCCCAAAGAAGACCGUCAAGAAAACAGCCGUCGCCAUGACGCCGGCUCCGACACCCGCUGCUCCCGCCAUGAUCGCCGUGCCGACCUCGCAGGUUGUCGUGGCGACAGGAAUGCAGAGCAGCCCCUCUCUGGCCCCGCCCAUCAAGAAACAGAAGACGGCAGACGUGACUCUCAGCGCUCUGAACGACUCGGACGUGAACAGUGACCUGGUCGACAUCGAAGGACUCGGUGACGGCUCGUCCAACAAGAAACUCAACUUCGACCAAGAGAGCCUGAACCUGGACUCCAGCCUCAUCAUGAACUCCAGUGACCUCCCCCUCCUGUCCCGCUGACCUCUGCCCUCUCAGCUCUCCUGUUACCUGAUGCUCACCUGUCCACAUCUGCAGCGUUUAUCCUUCAGUUUAACAGAAACACAGAGACGUUUGAAGACGUUAAAAAGUGACCACAGUUCAAACAAUUGAAUCAGACGUUUGUUUUUGUGACAGAAUUAUGUUUCCAUCAGUUUCAGGUUAGAAAUCAGACAACGUUGUUUUUGUUUUUUUUAUCAUGAAGAGUGACGUGGAGGUGACCUCAGAGUGUGAAGACAUGAUGGCGUCGGGGGGAAAUGAGUUGAUUCAUCACUUUGUGCUCUCAGAACUUAUUUUACCCUCAAACUAAUAAUUUAAUCUCUCCAGAUGUUCACGGCAUGGAGCUGUGGUGCGGUCAGCUAUACAGAGACAGAUUUGUGUCAAUAUUAUCAAGUCUGCGUGUUACAGUCUGUGUACAUAAAACAACUUCCAUAAAUACAACAAAUUAUUUUAAAUUCACAAAAAUAUUUUGCAGAUAUAAAAUGCAGAUAUCUGUGAAUACAUUUAAUUGAUUUACAAAUAUGUGAAAAACAUUUACAACUUUGGAACAGAAAAGCCAGUUUGUUUGUUUUUUUAUUACAGAUGUGCAGAAGUGUCGGGCCAGGAAAAGAAAACAACUUAAUAACCAUCAAAGUUUCUUGUUAUAUUGCGUAAAAAUGUGAAAAAUAUCUUGUUAUAAUGAGAAACUUUUUUUUUUCGUCUUUUGCCGUGGCAUCAGUACGCAUCUGUAGUUGGUGAAUCUCAGUGACACACGUGGAGUUUUUAUUUUAUUUUAUGAAUUUGUUUAUUUUUAUUACAGAAUACUUUUGUGAGUUUAGAAAUACUUGUUGUAUUUGUGGAAGGUGUUUUAUUUUUACAGAGUCACACACAGACUGUUCACACAAAUGAUCUUUGACCCAAAUGUGUCAACAACUUUACAGUUGAGUCACAGCAACUCCAGUUUCCUAAAAAUGAAUCCGAGGAGAUGUUCUGAAGAUAUUUCCUGAAUCAUCAAAGACUAAAAAAAUAAUUUCACUGCUGCACGACCUGAUGCUUUUUGUUUCAUUAACUCGGCCGGUCAGAUGCAGCUCUGCUUUUGCUCCAGGAAGCAGUUUUUAUUUAAUACGUUUUAUUUAUUUUAGUUUUAUGUAAAAUCACAAAGUGUCUCAGUGUGAAAGACAAUUACAGAAAAAACAAAAACAAUAUAAAAUGUCUAAAACAAAAACACACUACUGAGAUAUUCUAAGUUUGAUAAUAUUUUAUAAGAACAUUUAUUAAAGAAAAAAUCACUGCAAGAAACAAGAACAAGAAGAUCAGUCGCUGCUGACUGACAUCGUCAUUUGGACUCAGGAGAAAGAGACAGGAAAAACAACCUGGUUAAAAAUGUUUUUUUUAUUGAUCAGGUACAAAUGAUUUUUUUCCUCCAGAUGUUUUAAAGAGUAUUUGAAGGAUUCUGGAAACAUCUUAAGAACCAUUAAAACAUCAGCAGGUGUCGUCACAUGACCGAAAUUUCCAACUUUAAAUCAACACCAUGAAAAAUAUCCAUAUUUAAAACAUGAGAGUUCAUCAGUGUGAGAUGUCUACAGUACAGUAACUGUCUCAAAGUAUUGUUGUUUCAUGGUAUGAAGAAAUACAGUAUUACACAGUUAUUAUUAUUAUAAUUGUUAUUAUCAUCAGUUCCGUUACCGUAGAUCAGUAAAUACACACGGUCAGAUAAACAUCGUCACACACAGCCCUGCAGAAUGUUUCUGAUACCACAGAGAGAAAAUUAAAAUUUAAGAUUGUAAAACAGUAGUUGAGGGGAAACACUCCGGGUGAAUCUGGUAAAGGUUUUAACUAAUAAAUGCAACCAUGACACUCCCCUCAGCUUUGUACUUACAGUAGGACUGUUGUUUUUUAUACAACAUGUGUUCUGAAAUAUUAUAUUUAAUUUAGCAAAUGAGCAAUUAUGUAAUUAAAUACGUGCUAAUUUUUAUACAUUUCUAGAACACAAAUCAAAAACAUGUUCCAAAGUCUUGUUUCAUUUUAGUUUCAUAUUAGAGUCAAAGGUUUUUAUGGAGGGGCCUCUGGAUCUCUCUGGACUCCUCUCCACAAAUCAGAAAACACUCUAACAGCCAUUAAAAAAAUCUAUUUUCACCAUGUUUUUAGGGAAUAAAAAUUUGUAAAAAUCAGGCUGUGAAUAAUAUUUCUGAACAAGUCCUCUGAAAAACCUUCAGAAUACAGACAGGAACCAAACUGGAAAGUUUUGUGGAUGUUAGAGCUGCUGAAAUGCAGAUUUAUGACUUGGAGGGAAAAAAAUCUGAGAAAACAAACUUUAAAAAUAUGAACUGUAAAAGAUAAGAUGCUAGGGUCAAAAGUUAAAACUACGAGAUUUCACCAUGAAACUUCACCCGUUGAUUAUGUACACUUAGAUAAUUAUUUUUUGUGUUUCAAGUUUUUUGAUAUUGUUUGCUUAAAUAUGAAGAUGAGGUAUAAGCUAAAUAAAUGUGCUUUUUGCAGAAAUAGUCCAAAGUCUCAAAAUUGACUCGUGCAUUUUCACCUGGAGUGUUUCACCUUAAAAGACAAAUAUAACAUGACUGUAACACAUUGAUGAUAAUGAUGAUGAUGGUGAUGGUGACUUUUCAUGGUCAGUGGCAGAGAACAGCAGAAUGACUGUAGGAGACAUUGACACUAACAGCUCGUACUGCUGUAUUGAUAGAGUUAGGAAAAUGAGAUUGAAGCCAUUUUAAAUACUCAGAAUCAGCUGGUAUUAGUAAAUUAAUUAUUUUGGCAACAACACUUGGCGCUGUGACUCAAAUGUAACGGUGGCGAACAUCUGAUAUCUGUAACCUGGAAGUUCUCUCGAAACUUCUGCAGCGAAACGAUCAGUUUCUGAAAAAUAAAUCUGUCUAACAAAAAGACACUUUAUUUAUUUCAGCCCCACAUCAAAGUGUACUCAGUGAAUUAAUUGAAGGAUUGAAAUACUGAACUGAGGGAACAAAAUAAGUUCACUGAACAAAUGAACAUGAGACUUUGUCAACAGAUUUCCCCCCAGAGGCCAAACAGGAAUUUAAAUGUCUGAAUGAUGAUGUUCAUUUUGAAUCUCAGCAUGUUGAUCUGUUGUUAAAUAACUGUCUGACUUCUGAUGUCAAUCUUUUCAAAAUGUCCUCAAACAACUGCUUGUGUAGGUUUUAUCAAACAAAAAAGAGGAAACUUUUUUGGGACUAUUUUCAGCCGCGGAUGAAUCCACAUUGAUGAGAAGAACUGUAGAAAACAUGUUCUGAUAGUUGGCGAUCAUGACAGUAGCUGCGGCUCUUUGACUUGAACAUUUGAUGAAUCAGUGGCUGUGACAUGUAAAAACACCGUUUUGAUUAUGUUGAGUAAAAAAUAAAAAAACCCCUCAGUU